AUGGCGGGCGCGGGCGGGCGGAGCUGGCGGGACCUGCUCGCAGGGAGAGCCAGGAAGCGGAAAAGCUCCUUUGGGAGCGGAUCAGAGCUCCAGGAAGCGGCUCUGAGGCUGCUGGAUCACCACCAGAACCUGACUGACCUCCUCCUGGAGGUGGGAGAUUCAGCCAAGCCAAGUGUGCAGGAUGGCACAGAGCAGCUGGGAGUAUCAUCAGAGUCAUUUAUAGUCUCUGUUCUGCAGGAACAGGCCUCCAAACUGGACGUGCCCACAGCAACCUUGGCAGCCAAAACCGCCGUUACCAACAUAGAGCGGAUCUGCCAGGCUCCUGCCAGCCCCUCUCCAGUGCCACUGCUGAGCUUGGACCAGAGAAAGAGGUUGUCUUCCUUGCUUCAAACGGUGAAGGAUUUGCUGGCAAACAAUGUGUUCUGUCGCUCUCUAUUCUGCCAAGAAAUGUGGAAAAUGAAGGAGCCUCCAAUGCUGGAAGUCGUGUGGCACCUGCACAGCAGUGACAUCGCUGGACUGGCAGACCUGCUGGAGAGGAGUCCAGCAGGCCCUGCAGUGGUGGAGUGGCUGUGUAGUGGCCUCUGUGGGAUCUGCCAGCAGGUUGGGAAUGUCCCAUCUGGGGACACGAAGCUGGCACAGCACCUUCUCUCAGACUUUGCCAUCGUGUUCCUUCAGAAUGGCUUUGAGCAAGCUUCGGAGCUGGGAAGGAAGGUGGAAUUCCAGAAGGUUCCUUAUAUCUGCCAUGCUGUCUUGCAGAGAAUGCUGGCAUGGGUGCUCGAUGCUGUUGGUAAAGAGAAGCAGAAAGAUGUUUCCACAUUGCAAGCUGUGAGGUUCUGGCUGAAUGUGUUCAAUGUGUCAGUUUAUGGAAGUGUGGCUGACCCGGAUUCCAUGCGGCAGUUCUUCAGACACACCCUGACCGAGGUUCUCACCUACAACCCAGUGCUGAAAGUGUCUGAUGCCAUCCAGAUGCAGAAAGAGUGGAGCUUUACCAGAACUUCUUCCCUGCUCACUACCCUGUAUCGAAAAUUGUUGGUGGCAUUCAGUGCAAAGGAAUCCAUCUCCCAGCUGCAGCAAAUCCUGGAGACCCAUGAGGUGAACUGGCAGCACGUCCUGUCCUGUGUUUCCACACUGGUGGUGUGUCAGGCCGAAGCUGAGCAGCUCUUCAAGGAUCUACUGAGCCAUCUCCUGCUAAAGGCCUUUGGGAAUUAUGACAUGGAAAAUAUGAUCACCGCAUUCCUGAUCGCUCGUCAGGCUGCUCUGGAGGGCCCUGCUGUCUUCAUGCCUUACUCUGAGUGGUUUAAGGCUUCUUUUGGGAGUGCUGGUGGCCACCAUGGGAGCAGUAAGAAAGCUCUGGUCUUCCUCUUCGAGUUCCUGUCGGAGCUGGUGCCCUUUGAAGCUGCCCCAUACCUGAAGGUCCAUAUAAUGUACCCACCUUUUGUGCCAACGAAACACCGGUCCCUGCUCUUGGAAUACAUCACUUUGGCUAAAACCCGACUGUCUGACCUCAAGGUGGCCAUAGAGGACAUGGGGCUCUAUGAAGACCUGUCUUCCACUGAUGAGGCUGUGCAGCCCCAGGGCCAGGCACUCCGUGAUGUUGAAAAGGCCCUUCAGAUAUUUGAAAAUACAAGGAAGAUCCCAACAUCUGUGAUAGAAGCCAGUAUUUUCAGGCGACCAUAUUACACUUCCUGGUUCCUUCCUGCCUUGCUCAGACCACGUGUGCUCCCUAAAACCCCAGAUGCACGCAUGGCUUUUAUAGACUCUCUGAAGAGAGCUGAUAAAAUACCCUCAAACUUGUACUCCUCAUACCUCCAAGCCUGUCAUGCUAUGAAAGAGAAGAUGUUACAAGAUGGGUCCAAAGCAGAGCCUAGCCUUUCCAAAGAGCCUGUUGAGCAGCUGAAGGCUGAGCUGGCUGAGCUCAGGACACUGUUUGUGGACCAGACUCAGUGGGAAGAUGUGCCAGCACAGAUUGCCGUGAUUUCAGACAGACUCCGGAGUGUCCUGAGUGACAGCAGUGAUGAGAAUGAAGCUGCUCCUUUGAAUUCUCCAAUCCCAGUCUCCAUUCCUGCCCCCAGGCUGGAACCCUGCCAUCGGAGUAUUGUUGAUCUUUUGCUGACAUCAUUCUGCCAAACCCUAAUAGCUGCUUCCUCUUUUAACCCUCCUGACAGGCAGGGCCCAUGCCUCUCCUUGUUGGUGAAGAUGAUCUGUGGACACAGGAAUCUCUUACCUGCACUUCUGGCCAGGCUCUGUCAGCUCAUUUAUCAUCAGGGUCCUUCCCUGACUGAUGCUCAUAUUUUAGGACUAGCAGCUUUUGUGAUCCACUUAAGUGAAUCGAGAGCUUUAAUUCCUGGAGUAGAAGCCAGUUUUGGGAUCUCCCGGCCUGUUGCUGAAAAGGCCUUUUCCAUCUCUGAGUACUGGACCUGCUUGCUCAUGUGCAGGACAGAAGAGUCAUUUGCCUUCUACAUGAGGUUUUGCACUGCAGCAGCAACUUAUGCGAUGUGCAAGUUCUCAUCAUAUUCUCAUGAAGAUUUUUGUGCCUUGAUUCCUCCUGGCCUGAUUAAAAAGCUGCAGCACCUUGUGCCUCGGCUGAGCUUGGAAGCUCGAGGGGUCCUGUGUGGGGAGGACAAAACUGCCCUAACCUGGAGCUCCCUGUCCUGCCCCUCUCUGAACUACAGAAGAGCCAGCCUGUGUUUGUGGAAGCAAGCACUCUUCCAAGAGCUCUUAAAGGAAAAAGCAUUCCAGCUGUCUUUCAGAGAGUGGCUGCUGAUGGAGCUUGAGGUGUGCCCUGAAAAGGAUAUUCUCUCUGCUUCAGAAAGGCAGGAUUUCCAUUACUGGGCCAUCUAUCAACGGUAUCUUCCUGCACCUUCCGCUGCUGGUGGCUGUGAUGGAGACCUGGAGAAGGCAUGUGGAGUUAUUAUCAAUGCCCUCCUGGAUUCCUCACAGAGGCUGGACCUGGGUGGCUGUGGCCAGUCAAAGAUGUCACUUAGCCCUGAGAUUCUCUGCAGGCUGCAGGAGCUGGUGCUGGAGCUGAGCUGUAGGCAAAAGCUGCGUCUCAGCUGCUCGGCUGCCCAGAGACACUUCCUGUUCGAGAUUCUCCAGGGAAGACUGAGAGACAGAAAGCACGGAUCUGCUUUGGAAGAGCAGCUGUGGAGGCAGCAGGAGCUGCUGCUGCACAGAAGGAUUCUGGUCGGGCUCCCUGCAUCUGCUCUGAUCACCGUGUGUUGGAAAGGAAGGAAAACAGUGUUAGACUGUGAAGACUUUUUUCAUUUUGUGAACUCAGAGCUGAAAAAUGUCUGUUCCAGAGGGUACGCGCUCUCCUACGACAUCACAGCUCACUUCUUCAGGGGCCUGCUCAAUGCCAGCUUGGACUGUGAGGAGGCAGCAGAGGGGGUCAACGAUGCUCUAACAGCCUGUCAAACCAAAUGUCCCCUGGUGCUCCUCUCUGCAGCGCUGUGGUGGCCAAGGCUGGAGCCAGUACUUUGCUCUCAGUGGAAGAGACUCUUUGGGGCUCCACUUGCAGAAGAGCUGGACAGACUGAGGGGCUGGCAGUCCUCAGGUACCAGAUUCCUUUCUUCAGGAGCUGUUUUCCCUCUCUCUGACCCUCCCUGGCUCUUGGCUGCCUUCCUCCACAGUGCCAUCCUACAGCAGUCACCACGUGGACGAGGGAGAGAGGCACUUGAGAGGCUGGGGACUGAUGCAGAGCAGCUCCUUGUUUCCCUGCUGUUCUUCUCACUCCUGGAUCUCAUCUCAGCCAAAAUAGCACCAAAGGAAGGAGUGGAUUUUCAGACAUCUCUGGAAUGGUCCCUGGAGAUCUUGCAGUGCCUAGAAGAGAGAGGCACAUCCUGGCCAUUUCUCUUCCAUUCAGCAGAGCAAGGCUCUGGGAAAUACUGUGUCCUGCGCAACGCGGCCUCAGACCGUCACAUCCGCCUCCUGCCUGUGGCAUUCUACAGCCUCACCCCUCGCUUCCCCCGGGAGCUCCUCCGGCGAGAGCCGACCUUCCUCCUCGUGGCACUCGACUUGUACAUCCAGCUGCUACGGCUCUUUGUGGAAGGAGAGGUCCUGCCACAGUCUGAGCAAGACCCCACAGAGCAUUCCUCUUGUAUUGUGCAGGAUCCCUUGGAGGUGAUCUCCGUGGCCCGGCAGUUCCUGAUGGGAGCCAUCCCACAGUGCCUCGUCCAGAGCUUUGGGAACAUACAGCCGCUCCUGGCCACCUGUGAGGAACUUGACCCAGAGCUGGGAGCCACUCUCCUGCACUUCUCCAGGCCUGCUGUGGCUAUGGAGCUGGAGGAAGAGCUGGAACUGUUCUGAGCAAGGAGCAGACACUGGCACAGCACAACAC